AUGUCGACCGAAAAAUACCCCGAAGACCUCAAACAUACAUCGUCUAUUCAAGACGGUACUAUAAACGAUGUAUCGACCGCCGAAGCCCUGACUUUGUGUCAUAAUGCAGAGGAUAUUGAGACAAGUCCCGAACUCGCGCGCGCUUUGAGAUGGAAGCUGGAUCUUCGACUUAUGCCGCUUUUGUGCUUCACUUAUGCUUUGCAGUCUAUUGAUAAGAACACCAUCAGUUAUGCAGCUGUGUUUGGUCUUAGAGAGGAUAUCGGUCUAAAAGGGAAUGAAUUCUCUUGGACUGGAGCGAUUUUCUAUCUGGGAUAUCUGGUGUGGGAGUUUCCUACGAGUAUGUUUUUGCAAAGAUUUCCGAUUAAUUACUUUAUGUCGGGAACAGUGAUUGCUUGGGGUGCUGUUCUCAUGGCUCACGGGGCAGUCCACUCUUUCCCAGCCCUAGCAGCAGUCCGAACCCUCCUAGGCGCGUUAGAAUCAGCUAUCAACCCAGGAACUAUGCUUCUCUUCAGCAUGUACUACAAACGAAGCGAGCAACCUCUACGAAUGGGUAUAUGGCUUGGAUCAGCUGGCCUUGGCUAUAUCAUCGCUGGAAUCGCCAGUUUUGGUAUCGGCCAUACUAGUUCAUCGUUGACAUCGUGGCGACUGCUCUUCAUCAUCUGGGGUUCUAUCACCGUUGCCUGGGGUAUUAUUCUUCUCUUUUGUCUACCCGGCGCCCCGAUGCGAGCAAAGUUCCUUACACCAGAUGAGAGAGCCCGUGCUAUCGCGAGAGUGAAGGAGAAUGGAACGGGUAUUGAGAAUAAGCAUUUCAAGAUGCCGCAGUUUUGGGAGGCUAUGUUUGACCUCAAGACUUGGUUGUUGUUUUUGUUCGCUGUUACGAGUAAUUCGCCCAACGGUGGUCUAUCUGCUUUCCAAGGUCUCAUUAUCAAAGGUGCUGGCUUCAGUACACUUACUACGACACUAUAUCAGAUGCCUUCGGGUGCAGUCCAGUUGGUUGUUUGUGUUUUAGCCUGCUGGGGAGCUUCAACUAUCAAAAACUCCCGAAUCCCAAUCAUGCUACUCGCUCUGACUCCUUUCCUCGCCGGCGUCCUCGGUCUUCACUUUAUCCCCCACAGCGACGCCUACGCUCGCCUCGCAUGUCUUUGGAUGUCCUUCUCCUACACUGCAACAUGGACUUUGAGUAUGGCCGUUUCAGUGGCCAAUACCGCAGGAUACACAAAGAAAAUCACGACCAAUGCGAUACUACUUAUUGGUUACUGUCUCGGUAAUUUCGUCGGUCCGUUUUUCUUCAAGACUGAUCAAGCGCCGACGUAUGAGCUUGGCGUGGCAAUGAUGUUUACGUGCAUCGCCAUCCAGGUGGCAAGUCUUGUCGGACUUUGGGUAUUGUUUUGGAUGAGAAAUAGAUCUCGAAGGGAAUAUCAUACAGAGGGAGAUGAAAACCAGAGGAGAGGAUGGGAAAUGGGAUUGUUGGACAAGACGGAUCUUGAGAAUAAGCAUUUUCAAUACAGUCUUAAUCAGCAGGGGAACAUCCGAUGCUCAAGGAUCACUGAGAAUGCCAAGAUACAGAUGGUUACAUACGGCUAUCGUUGGGUGCGACCAGUUCAGUUCAUCCCUUAA